GUGACGCCAGUUUUGACGGAGAGGAAGAUGACGAGGACAUCGACACCGUACUCACCAUCUCGACAAUCAGUCAAGUCCAGUUGACUCUAACGCCCUUUCUAGAGAAUCUAAGAAGGAUCCGACCAUCUCCCUUGUAAUGCAUUAAACGCAGGAAGGUUGGCCUGAAAAAGGGAAGCGUGAGAACGAGGACGUCGAGAUAUUCAGACAACUAGAGAACUCCCUCAUUACCUGUAAUGGAUGUUUACUACACGGUGUCAGAGUAGUUAUUCCUACUAGUCUCCAGGGAACAGUAUUGGAUAUUCUACACCUGAGUCACCUGGGAAUUCAGCUUAUGAAACGACUAGCAAGAACAGCAGUUUACUGGCCAAACAUCGAUGCUGAUAUCGAGCGAUUGGGGAAGAACUGCACUAUAUGCGCAGAACAUCAAAACAAGCCACACAAGCCAGCGGUGCAUCCAUGGAUGAAGCCGGAAAAAACAUGGAGUCGUUUGCACUUGGAUCACGCAAUAAACUUCAUGGGCGCUAAUUGGCUUGUGAUGACUGACGCCUACUCAAAACACCCCUGCAUCAGCCAAAUGCAGUCUAUACGAGUAUCUACGAAGGCUACUGUGAAGCUGGUUGAACGGGACUUCGCGCACUUUGGAUUCCCUCGUGCGCUAGUUACGGAUAAUGCCCCAACCUUCAAGUCCGAGGAAUUCCAGAGUUGGUGUAAGGAGCGAGGAAUUACGCAUCUGACCGGAGCACCAUACCACCCAGUAAAGAAUGUAGCUGCGGAACGUCUGGUGCAGACAUUCAAACAAGCAUUCAGGAAAUCAUUCCUGCCACCGAAGGCAGCAUUGCAAGAAUUUAUAAGGCAGUAUCGUCGAAUACCAACUGCUAGUGGUUACUCACCGAGUGAAUUACUAAACAAUCGGCAAAUUCAGAUUAAAAUAGACACAUUGCUACCCUCGCCAGCACAUAUUGCACAAGGCAAACAACCAAGGGAAGCAGUUAAGUCGCAGUAUCGGGAAACACUGUCGCGUCUUACUACUACUUAUGACGUCGGUGAUCCUUGCUGCGCUCUUUACUACAGGCCGCGACGAGACAACGAUCCUAGGUGCGUUCCAGCUAUGGUGACCAAACGCUUCGGCAGCCGCACGGUGAACGAUCGAGUUCAUCCCCAAGGACCCAUUUGGAGAAGACACCUAGAGCAGUUACGCCCUCGCUACUCGUCUGAGGAAGAUAACGAGCCAGGCUAGGAUGUAUUUUAUAAGAGUGAGGCACCCGACAUGACAGUGAUGAAGCACUCACCCAGACCAAUUAAAGUACGUCAGAACAAGAGAGAAUGUGAGGUUUCACCGGCGUAUGGACCUGGGAACCCAAGAAGGUCGAAGAGAGAGCGUAAAUCACCUAGUCGCCUGGUUUACUGAGUUCCGGGGAUUCCUCAACUUGACGGCGGAGGUGUUGUGGUAGUUAACCACCACACAAUAUGUAAUAAUUGUAUUUAAUGUUUUGGUUUAUAAUGAUGUACCGAGUCGCUGUAUCGUUUUCAUUAUUUGAGUAUUGUAAAGGUUCGAACCAAUCUCAUGUAUUUGAGCACCGUGCCCGGCUGAGUCGGAUACUUCCCAGCCCUGGCCGCCACUACGUCACUCCUAGCUGUACAUAGUUUACCAAGUAAAGGGUAUAUUGGAACUCUUGGUUUCACUGCUACCUCGAAAGACACAACAAGGACCACCAUCACCACCAGCAGAGAAAGAAGAAGAAGGACCACCACCACCACCAGUAGAAGAAGAAGAAGGACCAUCACCAGCACCACCACCACCAGAAGAGGAAGAAGAAGGACCACCAUCACCAGCAGCAGCAGCAGAAGAAAAAAAAAAAAAAGGACCACCAGCAGCAGCAGCAGAGGAAAAAGAAGGACCACCAGCAACAGCAGCAGCAGCAGCAGCAGCAGAGGAAAAAGAAGAAGGACCACCACCACCACCACCACCAGUAGAGGAAAAAAGAAGGACCACCACCACCACCAGCAGUGGAAGAAGAAAAAAGAAUGACCAGCAGCAGCAGGAGCAGCAGCAGCAGAGGAAGAAGAAGAAAGACCAGCAGCAGCAGCAGAGGACGAAGAAGGACCAGCAGCAGGAGAGGAAGAAGAAGGACCAGUAGCACCAGCAGCAGAGGAAAAAGAAGGAUUAUCAGCACCAGAGGAAGAAGAAAGCCCAUAAGCAGCAACACCAGCAGAAACAGCAGAGGAAGAAGAAGCACCACCAACAGCAGCAGCAACAGAAGAGGAAUAAAAAUAAGGACCACCACUACUCGCAUCAGCAGCAAAGGAAUAAGUACCACCACCAUCAGAGGAAGAAGAAGAAGAAGAAGAAGAAGAAGCACCUCCACCAGAGGAAGAAGAAGCAGCACCUCUACCACCAUCAGAGGAAGAAGAGAAGCACCAUCACCAACAUGAGAAGAAGAAGAAGAUGAAGCACCACCACCACCAUCCCCCACCCCAACAGCUACAAGGACCACCGAACUGACUUAAUGAUAGGAUAGGAUAGGGUCAGUUAGGUGGUGCAUGUAGUGUGGUCUACGGUAAGGAAGAGAAGGAAUCAGCAUCACCACCACCAGAUGAAGAUAGGCUAGACUAGGUUAGUAUAGGAUAAGAGGAGGAGAAGAAGCAGCACCACCACCAUCACUAUUAGAGGAAAAAGAAGAAGCACCAUCAUCAUCAUCAGAAGAAGAAGUAGUAGUAGAAGUAGCACCACCACCACCAUCAAAGGAAGAAACAGAACCACCACCACUAGAAGAAGAACAAGAACAAGAAACACCACCACCUUCAUCAUCAUCAUCAUCAUCAUCAGAAGAAGAAGAAGAGGAAGAAGAAAUGAAGAAGAAGAAGCAGCAGCAGCAGUGUCAGAGGAGAAGGAAGCAACAUAAGAAGAAGAAUAAGAAGCAGCAGCACUGGCCAAGGGGGACCACCAUUGAAAGAAGAAGAAGCACCAUCACCAUCAGAAGAAGAAGAAGUAGAAGCAUCAGAUGAAGAAGAAAGAGAAGCACCACUACCACUAGAGGAAGAAGAAAAAGAAGAAGCACCAUCAUCAGAGGAAGAGGAAAAAGGAAGAAGAAGCACCACAGUUAGAGGAAGAAGGACCAGCACCACCGCAGCUCGGUCGUAGUGAUACAACCAACAGGUCUGAAGCAUUUCCUGUCUGCAUAAUGUGGAGGGACAACCAGUGUGGGUAACUGACUAUGUGAGCAUUAGUACAUGUUGGGAGUGAACUAGAGUGUGGGUUAUUAUGUGUGGCAGUGUUGGAAGAUAGUAUUGCACCCACUGAGAGACAAGCACAGCCAUGGAGCUGGUGUGGAAUGCUGUGUGGUGGGUGUAUGCCUUUGUCUUCCUUGCCCUCAUCCUCUCAGCCACCGUCCACCACCACCUAGGGCUGCGGCGCCGCUACAUUAACAUCCUCCUCAAGGUGUUUGAGUUUGGACAAAAACGAGUGGAGCACAAACGUCCGGCACGGCGUGAUGGAGAAGUGGACGAGACAGAAACCCCAAUGGAAGAGGGAGAGAACCAACUCCUCUCCUUUGAACACCCUCGGGCGCUGGGCAUCGAGGAGGACAUCAAGGGCUUCCACCUGGACCACGUGCUUGGGUACAUCACGGCAGGAAUGGCUGCCAUCUGUGAGGACAACAUAACCAAGUACUUUGAGCCAGAAGAGCUGCCAACAUGGAACCUCCUCUCCCGCACCAACGACCGUGCCUACGAGUUUGUGUCGUUCCGGCUGACGGUGUGCUGGAUCAUCGGGUUGAUGGUACGUUACCUUGUCCUGCUGCCGCUGCGGCUGGUCAUCCUGAUCCUGGGCAUUGGGUUGUUCUGGACAAGCAUGUUCUUCGUGGGCUUGUUCCCCGCUGGGCCCUUCAAGCGGUGGCUGAACAAGAAGCUCUUCGUCUUUUGCUUUGACUUUGUGGCCGGCUCUCUCUCCCUGGUGGCCACCUUCCACAACACAGAGAAUAUGCCCAAGAAUGGCAUUGCGGUGGCCAACCACACAUCCCCCAUUGACUCCCUGGUGCUGUCCACCCACAACUGCUACGAUAUGGUGGGACAGACACACCAAGGGUUCCUCAGUAUCUUCAUGAAGGCACUGAGUAGAGCAUCCACUCACAUCUGGUUUGAGCGCUCUGAUGCCAGGGACCGAGCCAAAGUCAUUCAAAGGCUGAGGAACCACGCCAGUGACAGCAACCUUCCCCCAAUCCUCAUCUAUCCUGAGGGUGUGUGCGUCAACAACACCUCCGUCAUGCAGUUCAAGAAAGGGUCGUUUGAGGUGGACACAGUUAUCUACCCCAUUGCUAUCCGGUUUGAUGCAAGAUUUGGUGAUGCAUUCUGGUGGCAGGACAAGUUUUUCCACUAUGUGUUGUGCAUGAUGACAUCCUGGGCCAUUGUGUGCAACGUGUGGUACCUACCCCCCAUGAGGAGGAACCCUGGCGAGUCUGCCACGGCAUUCGCCAACAGAGUGAAGGCCAAGAUUGCCCACCAGGGGGGCAUGAUAGACCUGGCCUGGGAUGGCUUCCUCAAGGCCAACCCCGUGAAGGCCGAGUGGAAAAAGAGGCAGCAGGAGGAAUUUGCCAAACACCUGCAGAUGGAUGAUGAUGAGGAUGAGGAGGAGGAAGAGGAUCAUCAGCAGCAUCAGGAACAGCGGCCAGAGGGAAAUGAGAGUGAUAUCUCAGAUCUAUUGAAAAAGAAAGAAGAGUGAGGCUUGAGAUGGUAAGAAUGGACAAUUGCACAAAUGCUGUGGAAACAGACCUGGUGCUAAUCAAGAUCCUCCUCUCUGCACAUAAUUGCUUCAAAUGAUUGUGAUCUUGAUAAGGCUUUAUUAUUCACAUGUUGGACAUGGAAAGCUCACUUGUUUCCUUUACAUGUAGAGUAGCACAACGGAUGCAUCUUUUGUUAUGGAUUACACUGAAAUAACCAGUGCCUCAGAGAGAGAGAGAGAGAGAGAGAGAGAGAGAGAGAGAGAGAGUUUUUAUAUUAAUCAAGUACAGAAUUCCCUAAAAGUUUUAUUGUGCACAUGUGUGGUAUGCGUGGAGUACAUACAACAGAAUAGCUACAGUAGAGACAGGCUAAGGUGAGAGGAAGACCAGAGUGAGGGAGGAGGAAGGAGGCAGUGUGGGAGGACCAGGACAGACUCAUCACUGCCCCAGCCUUCCCUCACCUCACACACUCUCACACGGCAGCUUCAAGUUUUAUACACCAGAGUAGCAUAUAUUUUUUCCCUUACUGGUGAGGGCGCUUAGAUGGAAGAUAUCAUUACCGGACAGGAUUGUUUGGGUUUGACGUGGAUGAGUGUUAUGUUGGUUUAUCAGGUGUCAAUCUCCAAAGGAAAUUCCAAUGGCUGUGGUUCUGAUUUAACUAUUUUUGACUUAUUUAUGAUCAUGAAGGUUGAGGUAAAAGUUUGGAAGGACACUUUUUAUUUAUGUAUGACCCACCAUUAUGAGCCAAAGUGUGGGUUAAGUCGGGGUUCAUUCCGUUCCUUACUUAUAAUUCUGAAGUGUGAGCUAAAAGUCCAGGAUAACUUUUUUUUUUUUUUUUUAUGAUACUUAUUUGUAAUCCUAUAUUGUUGUGUUGAUGUUCAAGCCCAGUGUUUCCAAAUUCAUUGUGUGUAUCCUCAUUGUUUCUGUUUUAUUCAUAAGCAUGUCCUUAUUUUCAUUUUCUUGUGCAUUCAUACAUAUGUGAACAUGAACUCUAACAUUUAAUUCUUUGAUAACAUAUGAUGAUGUGUGUAUUUCAUUGAUAUCUUAUGUGUUUGUUAGUGUGUGUGUGUGUGUCUGUGUGUGUGUGUUGGAUACAUAUUUAAUUCAACAAGAGAAUAAUAAUGCUACCUAACAGUCUCAGUUACUUGGUUAUAGAAGACUUGCAGUAAUCAAAACACUGAAGAAUCUGACGUGGAGCCUUGCUAUCACUCUUCUGUAUGGUAUUUGAACAGGGCAUUAUGAAAUUGUCUGUAGUGGCUGUGUGAUGCAGACAGGGGCAGGCUGAGGCUGGGUUGAGUUUUCCUAAUGCUCUCAGAUGUGGUGCUGAGUGAUGCUGUAAGUGGUGGCAUCUCAAGACAGCAGGAGAGCAGUGCCAUGGCAGAGGGCAGGGGGUGUUAUGUUCUGCUCCUCAGUGGCAGUUUGCUAUAAGCCUUGUCCAGGUGCUGACCCCUUGCUCCUCCAGGAACCAGUAGUAGCCAUACAAGUAGGUGCCCUCCUUUGCCUCCAAAUGAUGUCUUUGUUAUAUGAAAACAUGUCUUCAAAAAAAAAAAAAAAAAUUCCCCCUCCCUAGUGCAGCUCUACUUAAAACAGGAAGCAUUAUUUUUGUAACCUAAUUUUGUCCAUGAGUGUGAAGUAGAUGCCAGUCACAGGUUAAUGCUGGUGUCUGAAAUUUCAUAUCAAACUGUAUUGCACAGUAUAAUUUAUCGUAAUGAUGUGUGAAUCUCAGAAUUACUUACCUAGUUUUGGAGAAACACUAUAGUGAUGAAGAAAAAUGUACUUAUUCAAAAUUUCCCAGUUGUGAUUGAGGCAGGACUGAAAUGGCUUGUAGGAUGCAUGUUGUGACAGCACUGCUGAUUGCCAGACCUCACCUAUCAUCACCAUGCUGCUGCGGCCACAAGUACAAAGCAUCAUGAUUGUUGAAAUGAGCAUUCACAAGUUACUGAAGUGGUGAGACAAAGAGUGACUUAAUAACUACACUUUAUUAUGUGAAAAUUAAUUGAGUUUGUGUAAUAUGUUGCUUCAUACUCUUGUACAGUUAUGUACAUGCUUUUCUUUGUGUAAAAGGAAAUAACCAUCUCAGCAACAACGCCCAUAUAGACAUUAUUUAGCUAUACAUCUGACAAGCUUGUCAUGUCUUGGUGUGAACACUCCAAGUUAGUGAACUACAGAAACCAAGGACCAUUUUUAUUGUUAGUAAUUUGUUUUGAUUUGAUUUUUGUGUUCCUGUUACAUCUCUUCUUGUUGCUGCAGUCCCGUUGUGAGCAGGAGUGUGAUGCAGUACCAGUUGAGUGUGUGGCAUCGCAUACACUGGGCCAUGAACUUCCAUCCAUCUAUCCAUCCAUCCAUCCAUUCUUUGAUGUAUCUGUUGUAGUAUCAGGCUGUAUUAUGGACAUAGAUGAUUAUUAUUAUUGCUGUUAUCAUUGUUUUUUUUUUUUUUUUUUUUUAUCAUCAAUGUUCAUCUCAAUACUGAACUGGUGCAUCGCUUAGCAAAACUUAUCCCAUCUCAUUAUAUAUUCAUUGGUCAUUAUCUAAUCUUUCAUAUGUUCAUUUGUCUGUAAGAUAUCAAAAUCACCUGCUGAUUCUUAUAUAUCUGUUAACCUGCCUACAGCCUGUGUUUAAACCCUGUGUAAGAUAUCCACUAGAUUAUUUUACCUUCUGCACUUCCUUGGUGAAUGCAGUACAUGUGUGGGAGUUGAAGAACCUCAGUGUGAUACAUGUAGUGUGGUGAUGGUGGUAAUGAAGAGGUGGUGUGGUGUGUGGUUAUAUGGUGUGAAUAAUGAAAAUUAUGGUGACAGUGGGGUGUAGGCGUGGUGUGUGGGUAUAGAUGUGUUGUAAAAGAGCCUUCCCCUGAAAUAAUUAAUUAUUUUGAGAAUUUACUGUAUUUGAGAGAGAAAGAAGAGGGAAGGUGGGGCAAGUGCAGGUGUUGUAUGGCUAAAGAAUGGACAUCAGAGUGGGUGAAGAGAUGGAUAGUCAGGAGGAACUGAAGGAAAAGUGCCUUGUUGAAUGAGAGUUACCAGAGCUCCUGAUGGUACUUACUUUCUGAGGCUUUAGUGUAAGUGACAAUGUAAGGAAGCUUUUGUUGUACUUAGUUUCCAUUCCAUCGGGGACUGAUAGGGCUGAGAGUGUGAAUGAUUUGUGUGGUGCUUUGUCUGGAUCAUUCUAUGUGGUAUUGCUGGCCUGGUUUAUAGAUAGCUAGUUUCCAUAGUGCUGCAGCACUUCUGUGAUUUGUUUGCAAUGGCUCAGCAAGCUCCAGGAUUUGAGGAUUCUGUUUGUUAAUUAGCAUUUAACUUGCAUUUACUGAUUGUGAUUUUGUUUGUGUUAUCUUGUGUUUUUGAUAAUGGUUUGGUUUGUGUUAAAUAGCACCCAAGGACAGCAGCUUGGCUUGUGUUAAAUAGCACUUUUCAUGAUGGUUUGGUUAGAUAGCACUUCACUGCAGUUUGGUUUUUAGAUAGUUUUUAUUGAUAACAGUUUGGUUUGUGUUAACUAGCACUUAUUAACAAAAAUUUAGUUUAACUAUUACUUUCAGUAAUGAUUUAGUGUGUAAUAAUAAACACUUUUUGAUGUUGGUUUGGUUUAUGUUAAGGAGUUUGUUUUGAUGAUGAUUUGGUCUGUUUAAUGAGCACUAUUGGAUGAUGGUUUAGUUUUCAUUUAUGUUAUAUUCUGCAGUGCAUCCAUCUGUCUGACAAGUUUCUUGAUGUGUGAUUUUAUGUACAAGUAGAAGUAGGUGAUGGUCCCAAAACAAGAAAAGAGAAGCUAACUGCAAAAUAUUCAUUAAAAACAUUGGUAUGAUGCUGCUAAAAUAUGUGUGUGUGUGUGUGUGUGUGUGUGUGUGUGUGUGUGUGUGUAAAAUUUCCUCUUGCCAUGAUAAUAUACAUGUAUUACAUGAAAAGAAGGCUCCAUAUUUAUAAUCUUGUAUAUUUAUUUAUUUUAUUUUAUUAUGUAUUUAUGUAGCAAUUAAUUUUAUACAUUUACGGUUUCAGUCCUCAUUUUUCUUGCAAGUGGAGCUAAAGGGAAAGAAAUAGUGUUAUAAUGAAAAUGGUCUUGGUGAGGUGUUAGUGUACUUUGUGAUAGGAUAUAUUUUGUGAAGCUUUAAGCUUUGAUGGAGUGUUUGUGGAUGGUCUUCCUUGGCACACUUAUGGUAGCAAAUGAGUCUUAAUAGUGCAUUUCAGGAGCUGCCUACUUAUUUCCUUAUGUUCUUAGUUGGGACAUCAGAACAUGUUAAUUUACUGACUUUCUUGUAAGUUACACCUGAAAAUGCAGACUCUGCAAAUCUAAAGAUACUUUGUGAUUUAUUCAAGUUGUAAGGUGUUAAGUCAUAUUUUGUAUUAAGUGCAUGUUGUUAGUAACUUUCUUAUUGUUGCUGCAUGUUAGAUGACAGUCGGCAGCACUUGUUGUCACGCCUGCCAGUCUGUCUGCUCAGGAAGGAAUGGUUGACUUGCAGGACACCAAUGAGCUGACUUUAUUUCCUUAGUAUUUAAUGAGAGCUUUUGGCCAAUGAAUCUUUUGCUGAUCUGAAUAAAUGUUGUUUUUAUUUUUUC